AUGCCUUUGCAUUUCGCUACUGUUUGCGGUACUGUUAGUCAAACUCAUGGCCCACUCUGCAAGACACGGUCGGGCUGCUAUGAGAAGAUUCUUAUAGGCAACGCAAAAUGGGAACUGGAGGCAUGUCGGGGGUUGCGUCCCUACAUCCCCACUAGGCUCCCCCGGGAUGUAUCACACGAUAGUCGAAUGCGUCGUCACCAUGACGCAUCCGACCAUGGUGACGACGCAUUCGACUAUCGUGUGACUACUGCAAACAACAUCACUCCUUCACUGGGCAGUGACCCGUGGUGGACCUGGAUGGCAGGCACCCGCAGUUUUCGACGUCGUACAAUCGAUCAAAUCGAUUGA